AUGCACCUGGGCCCCGCCUGGGCCGCGCGCAAGGAAGGCGGGAGGAUGGCCGAGAGCGAGUGCGAGACGCCCGGCACGCCCGGCGAGUUCGAGAGCAAAUACUUCGAGCACCGCGGCGUGCGCCUGCCGCCCUUCUGCAGGGGCAAGAUGGAGGAGAUCGCCAACUUCCCCGUGAGGCUCAACGACGUCUGGAUCAUCACCUACCCCAAAUCAGGCACCAGUUUAUUGCAAGAAGUGGUCUAUUUGGUGAGCCAAGGAGCCGAUCCCGAUGAAAUUGGGUUAAUGAACAUAGAUGAACAACUCCCAGUCCUAGAAUAUCCCCAGCCUGGCUUGGACAUCAUCAGGGAACUGACAUCUCCUCGUCUCAUCAAAAGCCACCUGCCGUAUCGGUUUUUGCCUUCAGAUCUACACAAUGGCAAUUCCAAGGUCAUAUAUAUGGCGCGCAACCCCAAAGACCUGGUUGUGUCUUAUUACCAGUUUCACCGCUCCCUUCGAACCAUGAGCUACAGAGGAACGUUUCAAGAAUUCUGUCGGAGAUUUAUGAAUGACAAAUUAGGGUAUGGUUCAUGGUUUGAACAUGUACAGGAAUUUUGGGACCAUCAUAUGGACUCCAAUGUUCUUUUUCUGAAGUAUGAAGAUAUGCACAAGGACCUUACAGCUAUGGUUGAACAACUGGCAAGGUUCUUGGGCGUCUCUUAUGACAAAGCACAGUUGGAGUCCAUGGUGGAGCAUUGUCAUCAACUCAUCGAUCAGUGUUGCAAUGCGGAAGCUCUUCCUGUUGGCAGAGGACGAGUUGGGCUGUGGAAAGACAUCUUCACUGUUUCCAUGAAUGAGAAAUUUGAUUUAGUUUACAAGCAAAAGAUGGGAAAGUGUGACCUCACGUUUGACUUUUAUUUAUAA